CUCCGCUUCCCUCUGACCCCACGUAGGACGGGGCUGAUUAGAUUGGCCUGCGCCGUUCGCCUCGCCGUCCCUCAAGACAAGCACACGGUCGACGAUUCCGCCGCUUCAACUUCAUCCCACACCACCACGCCCGCUCCGUGCCGCCAAGAUGGCUCGCGUCAUUGAAGGACAAGCGCCGUUCCAGGACGGCUUCACCUGGUAUCGUCUCGUCGAGCCCGACACUCCCAGCUCUGCGCUGCCGCUCGUCGUGCUCCACGGCGGACCCGGCAUGGCGUCCAACUACCUGCACAACCUCGCCGAGCUGGCCGACGAGACGGGGCGCGCCGUGGUGCUGUACGACCAGUUUGGCUGCGGACGCUCCACGCAUCGCCCCGAGGCGCCGACGGACUUCUGGGGCGUGCAGCUGUUCGUCGACGAGCAUCACAGUCUGAUGAGGCACCUCGGCAUCGAGAAGUAUCAUCUCCUAGGCCAGUCGUGGGGCGGCAUGCUUGCCGCUGAGCUGGCAGUGCGCGGCCUGCGCCCGGCAUCCCUCGCCAUCUGCAACAGCCCGGCGUCGAUGGAGCUCUGGCUCAAGGGCGCGGCAGACCUGCGGGCCCAGCUGCCGAAGGAGACUCGCGAGGCGCUGGACAAGCACGAGAAGGCAGGCACGCACGAGGACCCCGAGUACCUCGCUGCCACGCACGAGUUCUACAUCCGCCAUGUCGUGCGUCAAGACCCGUUCCCGCAAGACUUCCAGGACUCGGAGGCGCAGUGCGCCGCCGACCCGACGGUCUACCGCACGCUCAACGGGCCCAACGAGUUCCACGUCGUCGGCACGUUCAAGGACUGGACGAUCACCGAGCGGCUGGCGCAGAUCAAGGACGUGCCGACGCUCGUCGCCGCCGGCGAGCACGACGAGGCGACACCCAUCACCUGGCAGCCGUUCGUCGAUGGCAUCGCUGGUGCCACGAGCCACGUGUUUGAGGGCUGCUCGCACUGCUGCCACCUCGAACAGCCGGAGGAGUUCAGACGUGUCAUUGGCGCCUUUCUGCAGCAGCACGAUGCCUGAGCGAGGCAAUGGAGUGGCUAAUGAUGAUGCAUGAGCUGAGCU